AAACGAGGCGCUUGCUCCGAUUUCGAGCGUUUGGACGUUGUUGGAUCGAUAAACGCAGGAUUAUUGUGUUGUAAACUGGAAGAAAGUGUCUUCCAAAUCAAAAAAUUGAAAAAUGGGCGGAAAAGGCAAGAAGAAGCCUGCUGGAAAGCCGGGUGCGAAAGAACCGGGAGAUAAAUCUCCUGGCGGUAGUGCAGGGGGAGGUGGUGGAGGUUCGAGCGCCGGAGGUGGUGGCGAAGAUGACGAAGUAGACGAAGAGGAAUCGGAAGCCAAGCCGAAGAAAGGCAAAGGAAAGAAGGGAAAAGGAAAGGGCAAGGGAUCGUCCAAGUUUCAGGGCGAUCUGUUCAGCGAAGCCGCAAUGGAGAACGCGUACUAUGUGUGUCAUAACAUCCAGGACGUUCUGAAAUCGCGAGGAUUCGCAUGGCCCGAGGGGCAGAAAAAGAAAAAGAAGGGCAAAAAAUAAAUGGUGAUCGCGCGUUGCCCAGGGAAACUGAUGUUCGAAAGCAAAAUCAUGCUCUGAUGCGCUCUGUAGACAAUAUUCGUUUUCGAAAGCGUGCGUACGGCGGAUAGCCUAACCGUAGGCGAUCGUUGAUGGAUUCAAUGAAACGUGAUAAUUUAGUGGAAUAGUGUUCGUACAAAUAUUGUACUGUGUAUAGAAACAAAUGUAAUGGAGGAAUGUUAAUAAAAAUGCGAUAAGCUAUUAA